AUGUUUGAGUCCUUAACGGCUUUCAAAGACUCAGAGGAGGAACUCAAAGACCUCUUUAUAGCUCUAGAGGUCUCACGUGAGAAACCAAGAGCAGAGCGUGUACGAAAGAAGGCUUACAAGAUCAAGACAUGUUCUGGCGAAACGGUAGUUGACUCAUGGAAGUUCAAUGAGUUUUCAUAUUCCGAUAAGGAUAUCGAGCUUCCCAUAAGAGCUCGUGGACUUUUCACACAAGACCAAAAAAUUGUGGCUCGUGGUUAUGACAAGUUCUUUAACGUUAAUGAAGUUGCCUCUACGAAGCUUGAGCACCUUCGAGAAUUGCAUGGCCCUUUUGAGGUGACAACUAAGGAAAACGGAUGCAUUGUGUUUAUUUCUGGUCUAGAAGAUGGAAGUCUAGUUAUUUGUUCAAAGCACGUUACUGGCGAACCUGUUGUCGAUACUAAAACGGAGAAUUUCGUGAAACACAGUGAAAGGGCAAAGAAGGCUGUAUAUGAACAACUUGAGAACCUGGGGAAGUCUCCUACUGAGAUGGGAAAGAUCUUGUAUGAACUCAAUGCUACUGCAGUGGCCGAAUUAUGUGACGAUGAAUUUGAAGAGCAUGUUAUAGAGUACCCCAAAGAGCUAGCAGGUCUUUACUUGCAUGGCAUCAACGCAAACACAAGGAAGUUUGUUACAUACCCUAUGGAAGGCGUAUAUGCAUUUGCUGAUGAGUUUGGCUUUAAAAAGGUGCACGUGGAGCGUUUUAACACCUUUGACUCAUUAUGGGAUUUCCUAGAAAAGGGUAGUGAAACCGGUACUUUCCAGGGACGAGAAAUUGAGGGUUUUGUUAUCCGUGGGAAGGAUAGCCUGGACUCAGACUUUUUCUUUAAGUACAAGUUUGAAGAGCCAUAUGCUUUGUACCGUACUUUCAGAGAAUCUACCAAGCAACUUAUCCUGAAGAAGAAGGCAAAGAUGGAGCUAAUUCUCAAGCAACCAAAACAUAGAGUUAUUCUACAAGCAUACCUUGACUUUGUGGAUGAUCUCUUUAAGAAAGAGCCCGAGUUGGCCGAGGCAUAUCUUCAAGACAAGGGCAUUAUAAAGGUAAGAAACUUGUUCCUUGAGAACGUUGGCCUUGAACAGAAUAGAGGAAUUGGGUUGGUAGAGCUUGAAAAGACGGAGAAACUUACAGAACAAUUCCAGAAGUUCUUUCGUGAGGUAGAAUUCAGGACCAUCAUUUGCCCCAUCGCUGUGAUUGGCAGCGGUAAAACAACUGCAUUCCAAACCCUUUCGAAUCUUUUCCCUAAAUGGCUGCAUGUUCAAAACGAUAAUUGCGCCAACUUCAAACAGUUUAAGACACAAUGUGUAUCCUCUCUCGUUGACCUGCCUGUCUUGUUGCUUGAUCGCAACAACUCUCUGAAGAAAGAAAGAAGGGAACUUAUAGAGGGUAUCCAUGAAGAAAGAAUCUCUUACUUGGUGCCAAACAUUGGACUUCGUUUCAUUGGAGUGAACUUUGCCGCUGCUAAAGGAAAGGAAGGCUUUGACGAACUCGUGGAGGGCCGUAUUACCUCUCGAGGCGACAAUCAUCAGUGCAUUGAUGCUGCUUCACAUCCAGAAAGAUCGCUUCGUAUCGCACUGACCAUGGCUGGCAGACUAGAACAACCAGCGGUUAACCCCUUGGGUGACCAAGAUGAGGUUGAGAAUGGCUCCCACGCGGUGGAAAAUGGAGACCAAGGCACUGGAAUCACUCCUUUGAUCCAGGGAAGUGAUCUUCAGUCUCCAGAUGAUGCAUUUGAUGUUAUGAUUAAUGUUGAUAUUACAAGCUCAUCUUCUUUGGACGUGGCUAAGAGGAUUUGGGAAGUCAUGUCAGAAUACAACGAUUUCAAGGAUACUGCAACUCCAAGUGAAGAGCAAUGGCAGAAAGCUUAUAAAGAUGCCCUCGAAUACAAGCCCACCACAAAGAAGACUAUUUCCAACAGGCUGCUUGGCCAAAAGAGACCAGAGUACUUUGGAAUUGGUAUAAAAGACAGAAAGAGUUUGGUGGAGUUAUUGGAAUCCAAGCUUUCUCAAACGGAGACCUGGAAGUCCUUGGUAUCAUCUUCGAGGAUUCAAGGCGAAUUCCAUGUCACUAUCGGCCACAAAGAUACCAUCCAUGAGUUCACAGAAACAAAGGAAAAGUGGGAGAUUUUGGUAAGAAGGUUCGCCAUGCAACAGGUUCGUAAGGCCAGUGAAGAUAAGAAGGACGUUCCUGUUGAGCACUACUUUGAUGUGAGGUUAGUAAGAGCAGUCGUGUUUGACGACAAACUCAUAACUGUUGAAGUGAAGAUCGAAGAGAGCUAUUCAAAGGACCAAGAUGGAGAAAUCGUCAUCCAAAAGCCAGAACUCGACCCACUCAACCAGCAUUUGCAUAUUACCAUAGGUACUGUUUCAAGCGAAACAAAGGCGAUGGAGCUGAAUGCGUUCUUGAAACAGCUCCAUUUAAGCUACGGAGACGACAUUGGUGAAGGUACUUACGAACUCAAAAAGAACACCGCCCGUGUCUUUCCCCUUGACCAGGUUUUGGAGAAGCAACAAGCAUACAUUAUGUUCUCCUUCAACUCUUGA